AACGUAGUGCGCAUGUGUCACUUGUCAAAAAAUCACGAAAUGAGUCACGUCGAGAGCGCGAAAAGAAAAAACCAACCGGUGAAAGUCUACAUAAGGCAGAGACCAUUCAAUGACCAUGAGGUUUCAAUGGGUUAUGCGAACGUCACACAAUAUGUAACCCACAACGAACUCGCACUAAAAUCAGGACUUUGCGAGAAAAGGUACUUGUUUGAUCAAGUUUUUGGUCCCGAGACGUCACAGAAAGAAAUUUAUGAUGUUGUGGUGUCUCCCUUGAUCAGUGGUAUUGUAUCAGGGUACAACUGCACGGUUUUUGCUUACGGACAAACUGGAACCGGAAAAACUUACACUAUGGUGGGGAAUCAUAUCGAAACGCUGGAAGAAUCAACCAUCGGUUUAAUUCCAAGAGCAGCAACUCACGUUUUUCAGGAAUUGGACACAAUUGGGUCCAAAAUCGAAUACACGGUACGCAUUUCAUUUAUCGAAAUCUACAACGAAGAAGUACGCGAUUUGCUCGCAAGUACCGUGGUACCGGUGAAAAUUUUUGACGACCCUGAGAAUAAAGGUUCGGUGUUGAUGAAAGGGGUGAAAGAAGUGACUGUUUUAAAUCCGCAAGAAGUCUACGAUUGGGUGACUCUUGGAAUGACGGAGCGUCAAACGGCUUCGACUAACAUGAACCGAAACAGCUCGAGGUCACACUCGAUUUUUACCUUAUCUGUAGUCACGCGACAGGUGACAGUAGAUGGUGACGAGUUAAUCAAAAUCGGGAAACUGUACCUUGUGGAUUUAGCCGGUAGUGAGAAUUUAGGGCGCUCUGGAAGCACCGAAUUGAGGGCUAGAGAGGCCGCUAAUAUCAACAAGUCGCUACUAACCCUAGGAAAAGUUAUCAAAGCUUUGGCACUGAAAGCCCAACAUGUACCCUACAGAGAUUCCAAACUGACCCGAAUCCUCCAAGACAGUCUAGGUGGCAAAACCAAAACUUGCAUGAUCGCCACAAUUUCCGCCGCCGCUAACGUCUGGGACGAAACUUUGAGCACCCUGGACUACGCCCAAGUGGCCCGAAACGUCUCGAAUUGUCCCCAGGUGAACGAAAACCGCAAACAAACAACCCUUUUGAAAAAUUUGAAAGACGAGAUCGCCCGAUUACGAAAAGAACUAGCAAUCGCGCGAGCAGGAGAAGGGUUCUAUAUGAGUCGCGAGCACUACGACAGGUUGUGCGACAAUUUAGACGCGUUACGACGCGAAAUCAGCGACCACAAGACCCAGUUGACGCAACUAGAGAAAAAAAAUACACAGCUGCAACUAGAGAACAGUGUUAAAGACCAAGAGCUGCAAAAACUCGUCAGGUGUUACGACGACGUCAAACGAGACUUGGACGAAAAGAAUGACCGUCGCAAACGAGACGAAUCCGUGUUGGAGCAACUCGAAAAAAGAGAAAAACAGCUGAGUUUAGCCGCAAACGAGUUACGAAAAAUGUGCGAAGUGUCCAUCAAGCACGAGAUUUUGUUUUCGAAGAAGUACGAAAACCAGUGUCAGAUUAGUUUGAAGAAUGCUGAAGCUGCGAAGAACGUGUUUAGCGUUUUUGGGGAUUCGUUGAAAAUGUUUGAAAGUGUUACUAGGGAUCAUACGGAGCGCCAGAACGAUUCUUUGGGUGAAGUUCACGCCAGUGUGGCUUGUUUGAAGGAAAAUGCGUGGAAAAUGUGUAAGCGCUUGAGUGAGUAUUCCAAGGAAAUGGAAGACUGCGAUAAAGAAAAUGUUUGUAUUGACGAUAACGUGUUGGUUCAGGAUUUGGAAAAUUUGUUACCGGUUUGUGUUUCGUUUGAAAAUCAGAAACGAAUGGUUGAAGAUUUGGAAAAGUACAACGAAGCGAAGAUUGAAGAUGUGGAAUUGAUGACGACACGGUGUGUCAAUGCGAUUAAGCAAAUUUUGAACGACUACAUGUUGUGUGUUAAGGACGUAAUGAAUUGUCAGUCGUCGUUGAUCGAAAAAUUGAAGAACGGGAUAGCCAACGAUGAAGCGACUUCGACUCAAGUUUUUGAUAAUUACAAAGUUGCGACUGGUCAAUUUAUCAGAAGCUUGGUGGCGAAAAUCAACCAGAAGUUUGCGUCUCAAGUGGAUAAAUCUAAAGAGUUGAAAAAGCGAUAUUCGCAAGAAAUAGAAACAAUUAAGUGUCAGUUUACUACAGAAUCAGAAAAUAAGAUUAGUAGUAUAGUCGGUGGGCUUAUAGCUGCCGAAAACAACCAGACUAAGUUUGUUAACUCCAUCAGAGCUUUCUCUGAUCGAACACUGGAGAAAGUUAAGCGCGAAAUUGAUGACAAUGUUCGACUUGUGAUUCACGGAGGUGACACUCCGGGCAGACCGAACUACGUGUUUCCACAGACUCUGGAAACUAGUUUAUCGAAGUCUGUGUUGUUUGAUGAUUAAUUUAGUUUGAUUUGUAAUUUUAUCGUUUUUGAUUAUACGAUUUUGUUUCA